CAGCAAGCGCAUGCGCCAUGCCGUCUGAGGCUUUGGGUCCCGCACAUGCGCGGAGGACUGUGUCUGGGAGGUUGCGGCUGACAAGGAGCCCGGCAGCAGCGGAGGGCGGAGAUCGGGCCACAGAGAUCCGUGUCAAGCGGCUCUCAUCGUGUCCCAAAAUGGUGAAGCCGGAUAUCCACACCCUCGCCCGACACCUCAAACAGGAACGCCUUUAUGUUAAUUCAGAGAAGCAGCUCAUCCAGAGGCUGAACGCAGAUGUCUUAAAAACAGCAGAAAAGCUCUACCGCACAUCUUGGAUUUCAAAACAGCAGAGGAUAAAUUUGGACCGGCUUAUUCUCACUAGUGCUGAAGCGUCACCUGCAGAAUGCUGUCAGCAUGCCAAGGUGUUGGAGGACACCCAGUUUGUGGAUGGCUACAAACAGCUAGGAUUUCAGGAGACUUCAUAUGGCGAGUUUCUUAAUCGACUUCGAGAGAACCCCAGACUUAUUGCAUCUUGUCUUGUGGCCGGGGAGAAGUUCUACCAGGAAAAUGCUCAGAGUGUUAUCCACACAGUCUUCACCUCCCUCUAUGGGAACUGUAUAAUGCAGGAGGAUGAAAGCUAUCUGCUCCAGGUAUUGCGUUACCUGAUUGAGUUUGAGCUUAAGGAAAGUGACAACCCUCGGCGGCUUCUCCGGAAAGGUACCUGUGCUUUCAGCAUCAUCUUUAAACUUUUUACUGAGGGACUCUUCUCCGCCAAACUCUUCCUAACAGCAACUUUACAUGAACCUAUCAUGCAGCUAUUAGUUGAGGAUGAAGAUCAUCUGGAGAUUGAUCCUAGCAAGGUGACGGAGCGCUUCUCUCCGGCGCAGCAAGAGAAAUUAUUUGGGGAGAAGGGCAGUGACCGCUUUAGGCAGAAGGUCCACGAGAUGGUGGAGUCCAACGAAGCCAAGCUGGUUACACUGGUCAACAAAUUUAUUGGAUAUUUGAAGCAAAAUACCUACUGCUUUCCACAUAGCUUAAGAUGGAUUGUAUCUCAGAUGUUUAAGACUCUGUCAUGUGUGGAAGGUCUGGACGUCGGUGAAGUGAGGUCUAUGUGCACCGACCUGCUACUGACCUGUUUUAUCUGCCCAGCGAUCGUGAAUCCAGAGCAAUAUGGGAUUAUUUCUGAUGCUCCGAUCAAUGAAGUGGCUCGAUUCAACUUGAUGCAGGUCGGCCGCCUCCUACAGCAGUUGGCUCUGACAGGAUUUGAGGAAGCAGAUUCGUGCAACAGGAACAAUCUCAGCAAAUUUGACAAAAGCUGUGUUGCUGCUUUCCUGGAUGUGGUUAUUGGAGGUAGAGCAGUGGAGACUCCUCCAUUAUCUUCUGUAAAUCUCCUGGAAGGGUUAAGUCGCACAGUUGUGUAUAUGACCUACAGCCAACUUGUCACUUUGCUUGGAUUCUUGCGUGGUGUCAUAUCUGGAGAUCAGCUGCGGGAGGAGGAUCGAAUGGCCCUGGAAAACCUACUGGCUUCAGUGCCGCAAACUAGGCUGGGCAAGAACAACCAUGACAGUACUCCUUACAGUACUCCUCAGCUGUCCCCUGCCACCACGCCAGCCUGUAGGAAGAACAGACUCCCUAUAGGGCAGCAGCUUGCAGCCAUGACGGUCUGGGACACGUCCGCUUCCAAUCUCUCCGCUCACAUAAACCUGGUGACUCCUUUUGUCACCCGCAGCAGGAGCAAAAACAGCCUCCUAGAGGCAGAACACGAGGGGGCUCCCCAAGACAACGUGCCGGAAGACCAACCUGAGGAGGUGCUUGUAAUCUCAUUGGGGACGGGGCCACAACUCACACCGGGAAUGAUGUCUGAGAACGAGGUUCUGAACAUGCAACUUGUGGAUAAUGGACAAGCAGAUGUUCCUGUGGAUGACACAAAGCUUCAUGGAAAACCUGACAAGACCCUGCGCUUCUCUCUCUGUAGUGAUAACUUAGAAGGCAUUUCAGAAGAAGAAGGAAAUAUGUCCACACCAGGUCCCUCAAACCGAUCCAACUCUGUGUCCUCCCUGGAUCUGGAAGGGGAGUCUGUAUCGGAGCUGGGUGCUGGGCCAUCCGGCAGCAAUGGGGUGGAGGCACUACAGCUACUGGAGCAUGAGCAAGCUACCACGCAGGACAAUCUUGAUGACAAGCUACGCAAGUUUGAAAUUCGGGAUAUGAUGGGAUUGACUGAAGACAGGGACAUCUCCGAGACUGUUAGUGAGACAUGGAGCACAGACGUUCUUGGCAGCGACUUUGAUCCCAAUAUUGAUGAAGAUCGGCUGCAAGAGAUUGCUGGUGCGGCUGCAGAAAAUAUGCUUGGUAGUCUUCUUUGUCUGCCUGGCUCGGGCUCCAUACUACUUGACCCAUGUACUGGAUCCACCAUAUCAGAGACCACCAGUGAAGCAUGGAGUGUAGAGGUCCUCCCUAGUGAUUCGGAAGCACCAGACUUGAAACAGGAAGAACGACUGCAGGAGCUGGAGAGUUGUUCGGGGUUGGGGAGUACAUCUGAUGACACGGAGGUGCGAGAGGUCAGCUCCCGACCCAGCACUCCAGGCCUGAGUGUGGUGUCAGGAAUCAGUGCAACUUCUGAGGACAUUCCCAACAAGAUAGAAGACCUCCGCUCUGAGUGCAGCUCCGACUUUGGGGGAAAGGAUUCGGUGACAAGUCCAGAAGUGGAGGAUUGUGUUCACAUGUCUUCACAGAGACCAUCUGUGGACCCCAGGCAAGCAAAGACAAGUAAUAUGGCUUGUUUAUUUCCAGGCGUUCAUCACAUCACGUCUCCUCCAUCCCAGACUGAGUCCUUGUUAGCAAUGUUUGAUCCCUUAGCACCGUCAUCUCAUGAAGUGGUGCGGCCUAAAGUACACUAUGCAAGACCCUCUCACCCUCCCCCUGAUCCACCCAUCCUGGAAGGAGCUAUAGGAGGCAAUGAAGCUCGAUUGCCCACAUUUGGCUCACAUGUCUUUGUUCCCACGGACUCGGACGCCUACAGACAAAGGCACUCGUGUCCAGAGAGAUUAGUGCGCAGCCGCAGCUCUGACAUCGCUACCUCCAUACGGCGGCCUAUGAGUGAUCCAGGCUGGGCACGAAGAACGGGAAAUGAAGAGAGAGAGUUGCCUUCUGGUGGGAUGGUAUUGGGGGCAUCUGCAGCGAUCAAUGCCUCACAGUCCUCAUCCUCCUCGCCUAGUAAGGACUCCUCAAGGGGAGAGCCAGAAGAAAGGAAAGACAGUGAUGAUGAGCGUUCAGACCGUAACAGACCUUGGUGGAGGAAACGUUUUGUAUCAGCAAUGCCAAAAGCCCCUAUUCCCUUCCGAAAGAAGGAAAGUAAGGACAAAGAAAAGGAAGAUCUGGUGCCGGACAGGUUCUCCAUGCCAGAUGAUACAACAUCUAGACUUGGUACCCAUUCUCAGGCAGCAGAAGACAUUCUUGACAAGUACAGGAAUGCCAUGAAGAGAACCAGCCCAAGUGAUGGGGCUGCAGGCUCGUAUGAGGGGGCAGAUGCGGUUGGUGAUGGAGAAAGUCUUCAUGAUUCCCCUAGAGAAGAAGCCUUGCAGAAUAUGACCUCUGAUGACCUUCCAGAUUCUGCCAGCCAAACUGCUCCUCCACCAGACUCCUCCUUCUCUUAUAGGGAUGCAAAAAAGAAAUUGCGAUUAGCAUUAUGCUCUGCAGAUUCUGUAGCAUUUCCAAUGCUGUCCCACUCUACGCGGAAUGGUCUGCCCGAUCAUACAGACCCUGAAGACAAUGAGAUUGUGUGCUUUCUGAAAGUUCAGCUGGCUGAAGCCAUAAACCUACAAGACAAGAACCUCAUGGCCCAGAUUCAGGAGACCAUGCGUUGUGUGAGCAGAUUUGACCACCGGACUUGCAGCAAGAUCCUCGCUUCCAUUGCAGAGGAUUACAGGAAAAGAGCCUCCUACAUUGCUUAUCUGACGCGAUGUCGCCAGGGGUUACAGAGCACACAGGCUCACCUGGAACGACUGCUGCAAAGAGUCCUUCGUGAUAAGGAAGUGUCCACCCGCUACUUCACAACUGUUUGUGUUCGACUCUUGUUAGAGAGUAAAGAGAAGAAAAUCCAGGAGUUUAUUAAAGACUUCCAGAAAUUAACGGCAGCCGAUGACAAAACUGCACAAGUGGAGGAAUUCUUGCAGUCGCUGUACGGAGCUAUGGCCCAAGAUGUGAUCUGGCAAAAUGCCAGCGAGGAGCAGCUGCAGGACGCACAAACUGCGAUUGAGAGAAGCGUGAUGAACCGUAUUUUCAAGCUGGCCUUCUACCCCAACCAGGAUGCCGAUGUACUACGUGACCAGGUGUUAUACGAUCACAUCCAAAGAUUGUCUAAAGUAGUGACGGCCAAUCACAGAGCUCUACAGAUCCCAGAGGUUUACCUGAGGGAAGCUCCAUGGCCUUCGGCACAGGCAGAAAUCCGCACCAUCAGCGCUUACAAAACCCCCAGAGACAAGGUGCAGUGUAUCCUGCGCAUGUGCUCUACCAUUAUGAACCUUCUCAGCCUGGCUAAUGAAUACUCCGUCCCAGGAGCUGAUGAUUUUGUCCCUGUACUGGUGUUUGUCCUUAUUAAGGCUAACCCACCCUGCCUCCUGUCCACCGUACAAUACAUCAACAGUUUCUACUCAAACCGUCUGACCGGAGAGGAGUCGUACUGGUGGAUGCAGUUCACGGCCGCAGUGGAGUUCAUCAAAACCAUUGACGAUCGCAAGUAACGGCAGCCAGCUGCUACACAGAGAGAGAAAAAUGGAAGUGUCUCCUGCCAGCCUGCAGGGGGCAGCAGAGACCUGCUUCUUGUAUCAUAACUGUACAGCCAGAUGUUGGUGGAACCUUUCUGGGUAUGAGAGGCCUGUGGUGCAUUGGUUUUUCCUUCUUUAAGUCCCUUCCCCAUUUCUAAUAUUGCAUCAUUUUAAACGAACAUAAUACUAAAACAGAAACGACAUUUAUUUUGCUUGGAUUUUUAUUUAUUUUUUUGAUUUAGAAAUGCUAAAAGGGACCACGUUUUCAAGUAUUUUAGACUUAAGAUACACUUGACACAUCUCAUUUCAGGGUUCUCACUGCAGUGUAAAGUAGUUCUAGGGGUUAGUGGCAAUGACGGACUAUAUACAGUAGUGCUUCCCAACUAGGGUGCCUCCAGCUGUUGCAAAACUACAACUC